GAAUCUAGACACUCCCAAAAGGAAAUAAACAAAUAAACAAACAAACAACCGAAUCAUAUCUUGUAAGCAUUUUUCUACAGAAAAUGAAAGUUAAAAAGGAAAAGAAAAACCAAAUAAAUACCUUUUUCUUAGCAAGUGCAGAGUGCUGAGCAGCAUUAGCACCAACACCAUUGUGGGCUCCAUAUCUUUUUCCGUACUUAGCUGUACCUUUACAUUGUACACAUACUUUUCUUCUUCUUCUUCUUCUUCUUCUUCUUCCUUCUCUCACUUUCCUCUGUUUUCCAUUAUUAUAUAUUCCCCCAAAUCCUCCCUCCCAUUUCCUCAUUCCAUUUUUCUUUCCCCUUCUUGAUUUUGCUUUACCCAUUUCCAUGACAGAUUCCACAUGGAGAGUCCCAAUUUCUCUCCCCCUCACUCCGACCCAUCCCGACCCUCCUUAGGCUUUCCCCUCGGCACUGCUCUUCUCCUUCUCGUUAUCUUCACCUUGAGCGGAAUCUUCUCCUGUUGCUAUCACUGGGACAAACUCAGAUCCCUCCGCCGUUCCACUUCUCAACCCUUACGCGAUCGUCACGAUCUUCACCCACAAUCACCUCCCUCCAAAUCCAACCCUACUCAGGAUUUGGAGAAGAACCAGAGAGAAAGCUUGUCGGUGUUGAUGCCUGGGGAUUCCAUUCCGAAGUUUAUUGCGAUGCCGUGCCCUAGGGAACCGUUGCGGCCGGAGAUGAUUGAGGUGAAAGUGGAGAAGCCGUUAAAGCCGCUGCGAAUUGCGGUUCCUUUCUAUUAGCCGACUCAGAUUCAGAUUCAGUUUCACCAUUGAUUGAUGUGUGUACAUAGAUAGUAGAAACAAAUGAAUUCUUUUGAGUUUCAUCUGUUUUUUCUUUCCUUGUGAAAAGGAAUUUCAAUGGCUUCCAAUUUCAUUAUUUUGUAUAUUUCAAUUUCACAAGCGUUCAUCACCAAGUUUCGUAUCUGCCUUUGCCGCAGUUACAAACUUACGGAGGAAAAAAAAAAAAAAAAAAGAGAGGAGCGUAAUUAUUAUGAAUUAAAAACAGUCUAUUUUAUUAA